UGGCUGCCGAAAACGUGUAGUAAAAGAAUUGUGAUACUCAAAAUUUAUCCCAUGAAGUUGAAAUAAACAUUCAUACUGUACAACAAGCGGUCAAAGCUACACAAAAUGGAAGAGAUCAAAACACUCCCAAGCUCUAUUGUGUCUGUAAUCAGUGGAAACACAGAUGCUAGACUAGAUGAUACUAGUGGAAGUACUAGACAAGAAUCACGAGAUGAUGUAAAGCGAGAUGAUGAUAGACACAGUCGGGAUAAAGAGACUGACCGACACAGAGAUCGCGACAAGAGCAAGAGAGGUCGGGAAAAGGGUAGUCAUAAAGAUAAAAAAAGGGACAGAGAACACAAGAGUCGACGAAAAGACCGACACAAGGACAAAGAUAGAGAUAAAGUCAGAGAUAAAGACGGGGAAAGAAGAAGAGAUCGUGAUAGAUCUUCAAGGAAGCGUUCAAGAUCACGGUCGCCUGGUAAAUCAAAAGAGAAGAGAGUAAAGGCAGAUUCUCCAAGUAAAACCAAAGCUGAAGAAAAACCAAAUGAACUGCAAGAAGAGGAAAAGACUGGAACUGAAAAAAAUGCUCCCAAGAAACAACCUUUAUCUUUGGAAGAAAUGAUUGCAAGACGUGAAGCUGAGAAAAAAGCUCAAGAAAAGCCAAAAUUUCUGACCAAAGAAGAAAGAGCUGCUGAAGCAUUACGAAAACGGCAAGAAGAGGUUGCUGAGAAGCGCAAGAAACUAGAGGAAGAACGUAAGACAAGGGAGCAGUUUCAAAAGGAAGCAGAUGCCACUAGAGGAUAUGACAGAGAAAGACGUGACCGAAGAAAUCGAAAACCAGAAGAUGAUGAUAAAAGCAAGAAUCCAGAUUCUACGAUGGAGAAAGAAGCCAUAAAGGCGAGGUACUUGGGAAUAACAAAAAAGAAACGCAAAGUACGAAGAUUGACUGACAAAAAGUUUGUGUUCGACUGGGAUGUGAACGAAGAUACAUCCAUAGAUUACAAUCCAAUUUACAAAGACAAGCACGCUAUUCAACUAUUUGGACGAGGUCACAUCGGUGGAAUUGAUAUAAAGAGUCAAAAGAAAACAAGUCGUUUCUACUCGGAGCUUCUGGAAGAUAGAAGAACGCAGGCUGAGAAAGACCAAGAAGUUACACGUGUUAACAGAAUACGUGACAAAGAAAAGAAGCAAGCGUUUGAUGAUCGUCAUUGGACCCACAAGGAUCUUGAUGAGAUGACUGAGAGAGAUUGGAGAAUAUUUAAAGAAGAUUUUGGUAUUUCGUGUAAAGGUGGUCGGAUUCCAAAUCCGAUACGAAACUGGCAAGAGUCGAAUCUUCCCCCUGAGCUCUUAGAAACAAUUGACAAACUUGGUUAUAAGGAUCCAACACCUAUUCAGAGACAAGCCAUUCCAAUUGGAUUACAAUGUCGCGACAUUAUUGGCGUUGCUGAAACCGGUAGUGGAAAGACGGCGGCAUUUGUUUUGCCGCUUCUUGUAUGGAUCAUGGGUUUACCAAAAAUUGUCAGAGAACAAGACAUUGAUCAAGGACCAUACGCACUCAUCAUGGCUCCAACCAGAGAACUUGCGCAGCAGAUUGAGGAGGAGACUUUAAAAUUUGCCAAACCACUUGGUGUUAGGACUGUGUCUGUAAUUGGUGGUUUAUCGAGGGAGGAUCAAGGCUUCCAACUCAGGCUUGGAGUUGAAAUUGUUAUCGCCACACCUGGUCGUCUUAUUGACGUUUUAGAAAAUCGCUAUCUUGUUUUAUCACGUUGUUCAUACAUUGUGUUGGACGAGGCUGAUCGUAUGAUUGACAUGGGUUUUGAACCAGACGUGCAGACAAUAUUAGAACAUAUUCCUGUUACCAACAUCAAACCUGAUACAGAUGAUGCUGAAGAUCCUGCUAAACUGCUGGAAAGAGUUGCUUCCAAAGAUCGCUAUCGUCAGACGGUCAUGUUUACAGCAACGAUGCCGCCUUCUGUUGAGCGGCUGGCGAAAACUUACCUGAGGCGUGCAGCAGUUGUGUACAUCGGUUCAUUUGGUAAACCAACGGAGCGGGUGGUACAGAUCGUGCAUAUGAUGACAGAACCACAAAAGAGGAAAAAGCUUCUAGAAAUUCUCAGCAGGGGUGAUAUGCAGCCUCCUAUUAUGGUGUUCGUCAAUCAGAAGAAGGGAGCUGAUGUCCUUGCGAAAUCACUGGAGAAAAUGGGGUACAGAGCAGUUACUCUUCAUGGUGGAAAAAACCAAGAAUCGAGAGAGUUUGCUCUAGCGAGUUUAAAGAAUGGCAGUAAAGAUAUAUUAGUGGCGACAGAUGUUGCAGGUCGAGGUAUCGAUGUUAGAGAUGUGUCAUUGGUUCUUAACUACGACAUGGCUAAAACUAUCGAAGAUUACACUCAUCGUAUCGGGCGUACAGGUCGUGCGGGCAAGAGUGGUACAGCUAUAAGCUUCCUUACUCAAGAGGAUUCUGGCAUUUUCUACGAUCUAAAACAACUUCUUGUUGAUAGUCCUGUGAGUUCGUGUCCUAAGGAACUUGAAAAUCAUCCUGAUGCUCAACACAAGCCUGGCCAGGUCGUGAUGAAGAAGAGGAAAGAUGAAACAAUAUUCGUAUGAUCAAUUUAACAAUUUUUAUCAGUGUAUAAAAUUUGAUUACUGUAAGUGUCGCCAUGCAUGAACCAGAAGUGAGUGCGGAACGGUAGGGCAGCGGAAACAGAGAAACAAUGAACAUACUAGGAGUUAGGCCAUGUAUAGUCAGGCAAAGUCUCACUCGUACGUUUUUUAAGCAAUAUAUCUAGAAUUGUGAGAAUUAUAGAAUUGCUGGAACAGAGCCCAUGAAUUAGUCAUGAUAACUGGCAUGGCCGACCCCUGGAAAGAAGACAAAAAUAUGUUUUUGACAAAGGGCGAGCAAUUUAUUGUACAAAUCGAAUUGCCCAGAAUGAAAACGUGCUUCGAGCAGUAACACAUGUUCACUGAUAGCCACUAGGAUUAGGAUAGGAUUUUACAUAGAUAAGUGGUUAUAAGCUGAACGAAAGCACCUCUGCACGAUCACUAAGCUUGGCCGCUGAUCUAUGUAAAAGCCUGUACUGUGACUAUUUUUAGUAAUCGUUAGUGCCUGGGUACGAGGCUGUGUCGUUGAACGACUGGAAUGAGAGUUACGUGUUGUUUGGUCUUGACUUUGUCUUAAAUCUAGGUUUUAUCACAGGUAAUAAUAAUAUGUUUAAUCGUGAUUUAAUUUGAACAUUUCUUAGGAUCUGAAUCUCCGUGUAAUUAAGUCCUUAGCGUAUUAGCACUUGACGUUG